UUCACGUGACUUUGAGACAUGGCUUUUCCUACAGAGGAUCAGUUCACUGCUUUGCAGCUGCUUUUAAAGUGUAUUGUGUCACUUCUGUUCAUUCAGGCUCCGUCCAAAGAUGCAGUGCGGCAGAUCUGCACAGAGAGUUACCCAGCUGGAGCGUCCAAAUGUCAGUCUGUAGUUGAAAAAACUGCUAAUGCUCUCUCUGUGUCCAAUAGUGAGGCGAUACAGUUGCUUACGGCUUUUCACGUGCUCUCGCAUCACGUUGUGUACCAGAAUUUAACCUCUCCGGAACAGAUCGUGUCUAUUUUCCCAGAAUCAUUCCACUCUAACCUGAAGAACCUGAUCACCAAAAUUCUCUUGGAAAACAGUGUCACAUGGAGAAAUGAAGCUUUGUCUAGUCAAAUUUCACUGCCAAAGCUGGUGGAUUUGGAGUGGCGAGUGGACAUGAAAACAGCUUCAGACUCAUUGAGUCGUAUGGCUGUACCAACUUGUCUGUUGCAAAUGAAACUCCAGGACACUCCUUGCAUUAGCAGCGGUCCAAGUGAGUCCACAGUUACAAUGGAGCUGAGUAAAGAGACACUGGACACCAUGAUAGACGGUUUGGGUCGCAUCAGGGACCAGCUGAGUGCAGUAGCAAGGAAAUAGAUCUGAAUAAAAGAUGUUGCCCCGCACCUGUCUAUGGACUUUCAGAAUGAUGGACAUUGGAAGGAUGUACAAAAUGUAAAACAACUAAACAAUGUACAUUUAAUAGUAAUAAAAGAAAAAAAGGAUUGUAUACUAGUUUAACUGAUUCAGUUUGUAAAAUGGAGUUUGUUUUUGUGAUCUGUGGCUUGUUUUGUUAUAAAAAAGUUGUCCCUGACUGAUACAUUUUUUUUCCAUUGCAGAACUACUUUUUAUGGUCAUGGAAAUUUUUCACAGCAAUAAACUAAACAAAAUCGCUAACGCUAAUCACAUUUCCAUGUGUAAUAAAUUGCCCUAACCUGCUCAUGUACUUUCACUUGCAUGACAUACAUUAUCGGUUGGGGGCCAAUAAAGACGCUGUUAGCUUGAGUGGGCUUGCGUACAUGUUGGGCGGUUGGGCCUGUUUUUAACAUGCUGACCACUGAGGUACAUUAAAGGAGAAGUCCACUUUCAAAACAAAGAUUCACAUAUGACGUACUCACCCCCUUG